AUGUCUGAUCCUAACUCAGCAGUGGUCAUUGGCUGUCAACCUGCUCGAAAUAUGAUAGCAUUUGAAUACCCCCAGUCUAUUGCAGAAAGACGAUCUGAGCAGUUAGUCGAUAUGAAAUGCACCGGAAUGGCGUUGCCUAAAGAUCAGUUCACCUCAAGUGAUCUCGUAUCGUUGUCUUGGCUGCAAAAGGGAGAUAUACUGCAAAUAACACCCCUUGAUAGUGAAGAAGAUCCUUCACGCGAUGAUAGAUACUGUACCAAAACCGUUACAGAGACCGGUUUUAAGCAUCCUUAUAAACUUUGUGAUCAAAGCAGCACCCUCUCUAACUCCCUGUGUGGUAGGAUUUCAAUUCCUACUUCUGCCAGUCCUAUUGUGACCACUUCAUAUGUCAACUCGGCUUACUCGAGUACCUAUUGUCAGAGUUUAGCUAAGCCAUGCUACAGUUACACACAUCUCAUAUUUAUGGCAAUUGAGUCAACACCGGCUAAAUGUAUGACAGUCAACCAGAUAUACAACUGGUGUGAAACCAAUUUCCCAUUCUAUAAGCAUGCUGGGGCUGGUUGGAAGAAUUCAUUGCGCCACAACCUUUCAAUUAACAAAUCGUUCAAAAGACUUCCUCGAGAUGGUCGCGUAAGUUUUUUUCUCUAUUUGCUUAAGCUUCUUUUCCUGGCUAGCAACCUUGAAAGUCUUGUGACAUCUAAAGGGGCUCUGUUUUGUGAAUCAUCCGUCUUUUUUGACGAGACAAAUUCUGACGAGGGUCCUGGGCGUGGGGCUUAUUGGGCGGUUGAACCACGCGAACGUCCUAAUUUACUUGACGCUGUCAAACGCAACCCAUGGAACGUGGGUCUUCCCCGCGAAAGGCCUAUUGUAAGACCUCUGGCUGUCAAUUCUAUUCAGCCGUUCUCAGCAGUCAACUCCGAUAUUUCAAGAGUAAAUUUCGCGGGAUACGCAUCUGAAGCUGUGUUGAAAUCAAACGGAAGUGGCAGUUUGCUCAUUUCUAGUAGCCACAGUGGUGCUAGCAGUCCCUUUAGUUUGAUUGAAACUAACGAACUCCUAGUGGAGAGAAGCACGGAGACUUGUCAAGGUGGAAUAUCGCACCAGUUACAGUCCAACAGCCUCGCACCGUUGACACACAGCUAUCUACCUAUCGCAAUUUCCGAAGGCGAGAACCCUGAUUUACAGGAGUCAGUUCAGGCCAAUGCAAAUCCAUUCGAACCCUGGCCGGCUGAAGAGGAGGAGAAAUACCAGAAUAUGUUACGCCUUCUAGUUGAAGGGCGUGAUGUUGAAAGUUCAUUUGAUGCAUCUAUUAGAGAAGGGUUAGUUUUACUAUCUCUUAAAUUACCAAAUGUUACUUGCGAUGCUCUUCAAAUUUCAGACGUUGCUGUUAAACCAAAGAAGGAGGCGAAGCAACGAAGAAAGUCUUCAUUGAAUCCCACAACGGAAAGUAUGUGCAAUGAGUGCAAGGAGAAUGCUGCGUCCACUUGUCGUUCAUGCAGUCUUAGACUGUUUUAUCAACAACAGCGCCACUCCACAAACAAAAUCCUGAAAAUCACAACCCCAAUGGAUGCAGCGCGUGUAUUAGCUAAUUUAAACAAACUUGGUGCCUAUGCGAGUGAAUCUGCGCUUGAUCAGCUAUUGGAAGCCCUGGACGACGAUCAAGAGGUACCGCCUACUAACCGCCAGAAAAGAACUCCACCGGUCUCCGCUGAUGGCGAAGUGUUUAUAACUCCCGCUCCUUACCACGAUCACGAAUACUCCCAUUGUCAACCGCAGCUCCGUCGGCCUGAUGAGACUCGUGUAGUAGAGGCCGUGAACACUCGGCUAAAGCAGGAGAGGCUCCACCUCUUGCGCGGGCUUGCAGAUUCUCAGACAGGUUUCAAUUUCGAAUCGGAGGUCCUAAAUUCAUCAGCACCGGGAGAAUCUAUCGAGGAUUUUGAACGUCCUACUGAAAGUUCCGGUGGAAUGGAAGACGACGAUUAUGAAGAUGCAGGUUCAUGUCGGUUUUCCUCGCCAGAUUAUCAGAGACCUCCUAAGCAGCAAGUUCGACGAGUCAACGGUGGUUCCCGAAAACGCGGCGGGAAAAGCAUUACCAUCAGUGGCCUCAUGUCAAAGGCGUGUAGACGAUCAUCACGUUGUAUUCGGGCGCCCAAACGGCCUUACGAAGAUUUCAGUGACGAAGCAUGUGAUCCCGUGGACUACAUGGAGGAAUUCGACGUUUACGCUGAAAAAGACUACCCCGAUUCACCACCAUACACGGGCCAUUACCAGCGGCGAUCAAGAUUCGGUUCCUAUUUCAGCUCCUCGGACUCGAAAAAAAAUCAAAGUGAUAAAAAUGAGGCAGAAGUUUACGAUAAGCGGUUUAGACGGCGGUUGCCAUUCAACCCGCGCUCUUUUAGGCCCGAUUUGACCAAAGUUAGUGGAGGUAAAACACAAAUCCCGUCAUCCGUUCACCUUCCACUUGUGCGCAAACGAAAACUUAUCGAUGAAAAUAAAUCUCGACGUGGCCGGCGGCGAUUAAAAGAGGCGGGUGAUUCUGACGAAGUGCUCUCCUCCGUUGAUGAUAACCAAAUCCAAUCAGAAGUCAAUGGCCACCUAUCAGCGGAACUCGACGUCAAGGAGGUGGAAAUUACAGCCGAGCGUUCGACCAAUCAGGCCGCACAAAUUCUGAUGGGUAUUAGCCAGAUGAAAAAUUUCAAGCUCCAGUCUGGUUACUUAAGCUUGGACUCGAGCCAGUCUUCCGAGGACUCCUUAGCUCCGUCAGUUUCCAGUUAG